GAGCUGCCUGCUGCCGGGGACUGAAACGUCCUUCACAUGAACCGAGCAGCGGCCCCGGCAACGGAGACCAGCGCAGAGCAGACGGAACCGAUCCGGACCGAGCGACAGGGCUGCUGUUGUUUUCCUGCAGCUGUAGUCGGGAUCUGGAGGUGGAAAUGUCUGUAGGCUCAGAUUAGCCCCGAUCACAGCAGGUGUGUGGGUAAAGCCUGUGGCCCCAUCUGCCCUCCAGACCCGAUCCCGGCCGCAAGAUGAGCGCCGCCCGCCGCCCGCUGCUCCUGCUGUGUUUGUUGGCAGCAGCUGUGCUCGCUGGAGGAGCCCAGUCCGAGGGGCUGUGUCUGCAGGAUGGGAAACACAAGGCGUCCCCGGGCCCGGAGCCACAGCUGGAGGACUGCUCUCUGUACGCCGACAACAGCUGCUGCACCAGCGGAGACAUCCAGGACGUGGCCUACGUCCCGUCCGUCCAGAACGAGCCCUGGGACAAGUGUGGGCCUCUGAGCGCCGAGUGUGAGGGCUUCCUGAAGCGCGUGUCCUGCUUCUACCGCUGCUCCCCCGACGCGGCGCGUUGGCCUCACCCCAGCCGGCGCUGGUACAUCCAGGCCGUGCCGCUCUGCCACAGCUUCUGCCGGGACUGGUUUGAAGCCUGCAGGAUGGACCUGACCUGUGCUCGCAACUGGGCCAGAGACCCCCGGGGGCAGAACUGCACUGGAACCUGUGUUCAGUACCAGCAGAUGUACCAGCACGGCAGGGAUCUCUGUGAGAGCCUGUGGGGCGAUGCCUUCCUGGCGGUGGAGGACGAUCCGGAGGACGCGGGGGAGGCGGGGGAGGCCCGCGCCGAGGGCGGCGGCCGGGCCUGCGGCUGCCUGACCCUCAGCCCGUCGGACAGAGACGUGAUCGCGGCGCUCAAGGCCCAGCGGGACAACCCGGAGGAGCUGGACACCACCAAGACGGGCCUGCCCCAGUACCGGGCCCCCUGCCAGACCAAGCUGCAGGCCCAGAAGGGGAACUCGGUGCUGCGGAAGCGCUCGGUGGUGGUGGACGACAUGGAGGGAAGCGGCAGCGGCCUGUAGAGUAGAGCAGCUGUCGUCUGGUAGAGCGCCCCACGCUAGAAUCCUUGAGGUGGGAAGCGUUCCCUAGCUUAUUUUAAGACAAAUCCCAGCACUGUUGUUUACACGAUGGCUGGUUUCCAGUCCUGCGUCCUGAUGAGAGGACACAGAUCUAACCUGAAGUUUGAGGCGUCUAACCGUCGUCCUGCUGUCUGCUGCUCCUCAUGUUCCCUAAUAGUGGAGAAGGUUGUAACAAACGUAACUUAGACUUCUCUUCCUUGAGGGAUGAGGCUGGAUCAGAACCUGGGCCCAGAUCAGGUUCCUCUGGCCGGUCGUGGACGUUUCUCUUAGGUGUUUGUUGUGCUUUUCUUAAUGUUCUCAAUAAAGACGUUUCUGACUGUG